AUGAGGAAGUUACUGCAGUUUUUGGCGUUGCUGUUGUUGCUGGGUGUCAAUGCCAGGCGAACGGACGCGGACAUCCCUGUCGAUGACGUUUACGGCGGCGGCCAGCGUCGUGGUGGUCCCCUUCACAAGUCUAAUUACAACGGCGGCAACAACAAUUACAAUUCGCAGUCAAACUCGCCCUAUCUGCCGUACCAGCAGCCGAGAGAGAGGAAGCCCAACAUAGUGCUGAUUCUGACGGACGAUCAAGAUGUAGAACUCGAUUCAAUCGCGACGGAGCCUGGCUUCCCUCUGGUGGAAGAAAGAUUCCCCCCUAUCUAUCCUUCGAUCCUCGCCCGAAGAGCUCUCUGUCGAACGCUCCUUCUGAUCGUGUGUUGCGGUUGGUCCAAUCCCUCAGGUUCGCUGAACUUCAUGCCACGGACCCUAAGGCGAAUAAGGGACGAGGGAGCCGAGCUGAGACACGCGUACGUGACCACUCCUAUGUGUUGUCCGAGCAGGAGCUCCUUGCUGACCGGCCGUUACGUUCACAAUCACGAGGUCUUUACGAACAACGACAACUGCAGCAGCCCCCAGUGGCAACGGGAUCACGAGCCGCACUCGUUCGCCGCUUACCUGAGCAACGCAGGAUAUCGUACCGGUGAGUAUACUCGUCACGACCAACCACCUGAAACCGCUUUUCACCCCUUUCGAUGA